AGGUACUGAAAUGCCAUGCGCUGCCUGCCAUUAAAGAAGAAGAAACACAAAUUCUAAAUUGAUGCUUGCAACGUUUUCUAAGACCAUUUGUAACUGAAAGAGAUGCCUAAAGUACGUCGUAGUCGGAAACCCCCGCCUGAAGGAUGGGAAUUGAUUGAACCAACGCUUGACGAACUGGAUCAGAAAAUGCGCGAAGGUAGGCAAACGAGAUGAGUGAUAUGCCAUGCUUCCUCACUACAACGUUUGUUGGCUGAUGUUUGUUUCUUUGUAAGAUGAUGUUAAUCGUCUGUUUAACUCUUUUAAAAACUUCAGCUGAGACAGAACCUCAUGAAGGAAAACGAAAAACGGAGUCCAUGUGGCCAAUAUUUAGGUAUUCAUCAAUCUCUAAGCGAAGUUUUAAUUAGGUUGAAGUUUGGUCUAUAAUUUUCCAAAGGAAAAUAUAAAUGGAUUCCUACAUCAUAUCGUAACAGUUAUAUGAUAGAUAUGAUACUCAGUUUUAAGUUAAAUGAUUACACAUCUGUACAUAGAGAUGGAAUUUGUUACGGAGAGGGAAAAAAACGUAAUUCUUUAUACAAGAAACGUUCAUGUAUUAUGUCAUUCAAAGAGUAAUGAAUAGCCAUAUAAUUUCAGGAAAGUGUGAGUUAAAUGUUGAUGAUUUAGUUUGAUGUUUCUUCCUUGCAUAGCACGUGCUAUUAGAGCCAUUACAAGUUUGCUAGUCGUAAAGGCUUACAUCAAGGUGAAAACACACAAAUCUCUCUUUUUGAUGGUUUUCACAUGCAGCUAGCGCAAUCUUGACACAUAUGAGCACCUGUUAGGCCAUCUAGAUUGUACUUAAGAUAAUUGUGUUAACCUUUCUACCUUCAAGAUUGCAAUGUCAGUUGUCAAUGUUUUGUUUCACUCUAUGAAACUCCAGAAAUUUAUGGCUAAUCAAAUAAUAUUCUUCAAUUGAUAUAUUUGUAUUCUUUUCAUCACCACUCUACUUAAAAAUGUGAAGAUAACAUGAUUAGAAAAUUAUUUACCGUUCACCACUGGUUCAGGGACUUUUUCUGCAUGUGCAUGUAUUCCUGUAGUAACUUCUUUACUCCCAUGAGUGACCAAGACAGAAUUUCUCCUUACAAUUUCAAGCAGACAAGGGUUUAGGAUAAAGUUAAUUAUCAAUUAGGAGAUAGUUUUUGAUUCAAUACCAAAUUAUCUGAACUUCAUAAGAAUCAUAUGGCAGACAGUAAGGAGAAUUAAUGAUAAGAUCUUGGGAGUGGAAGCUUUUCUCUGAGAAAUUUCUUGAAAUGACAUUUCUUUUUUUACUGAUCCUAGAAUCCAUCACCAGAAGUCACGUUAUGUUUAUGAACUGUUCUACAGAAGGAAAGCAAUCAGUAGAGGUAUUAUACAUAUUUUUAUUAUUAUUUCAAUUACAUUUACAUCUCAAAAUACAAAUGGUUGGUAGACAGGUCGUGAAUGGAAGCCAAUGAUAACCUUAACAAGAUUGUUAUGUGAAAAAUUUACAACUAUCUUUUAAAUAUUUCCUCCCACUACUUUCAAGAGGAUUAUGUAUUAUUUUUAUAUUUUCUCGUUGAAGUAAUUUUUUUUGUAUGACUUUUGUAAUCAUAGAGUUAUAUGAAUACUGUCUAAAAGAAGGAUAUGCUGACAAAAACCUGAUUGCAAAGUGGAAGAAGCAAGGUUAUGAAAACCUUUGCUGCCUUAGAUGUAUUCAAUGUAGAGAUACAAAUUUUGGUACAAACUGUAUCUGUCGUGUACCCAAAGCUAAACUGGAGGAGGUCAGUUCUUGUUUUUGUUACUUACUCUAAAAAGUUAUAUUGCCAAAUGUGAGAGCAAUCUUUGCAGUGAUAUACACCACAGUACUGCUCAAAUAUAUGUUAACCGCAAAACUCACAUAAAAUGCACAAAAAUCACAUGCAAGUACAAAUUUAAAAAAGGGGGGGUGCAUCAAAAAAUCACACAUGUGCGCUUAAGCUUGAUUUAACUGCCUCAUUAGUAAUGAAAUUAAGGCCUGAAAAAAAUUUAGGCCUGAGUAGAAUUUGAACCCAUAACCCUCUCAGUCAAGAUAUAUUGCAUUCACAAAUAUGACCAUUUGUUCGCUUCUCCAAUGUAGAGGGAGUCCAUGAGACUUGAGUUAUGCCAAUUUUUAACUUAACCCUCCAUGUUUUGUGUUUUCAAUUUGUAAUUAUUCUAUCGGAGAGAGAUGAAUGUACACUUACUGUAAUAAUGAUUUGGUAUCCAUAUAGAUAAAAAUAAAUUCAUAUUUCCAAGAAAACACUGCAAUUUUGCAGUGUUUGCACUGUUAUUGUUAAUUCAGUUUUUUCCCAGAAAUCCUGCAUGGUCCUAACCCAGUGGGAACACUUUUAUAUGUUUGCGUAUGUUUUAAACACUUUUUCUGAAAGAUCUCUUGGUUUGAAGUUUAUCUGGAGGUGCGUUCCUUUGGGAGAAUCUGCAUCAGGAUUUCUGAUCUGUGGCAUGCCUUUCGAGCAAAUCCAUUUUCAGAUCAGCGAUUUAUCAAAUCCACUCUGGACAAGGAUUUAUUGGAUCACUGAUCUGCACAAUCUGAAGAUGAAUCAUUGGAUCAUUGAUCCAAUGUGUUCCUUUGGGCAAAGGAUUUGAAAUUAAUCAUUUUUCCCAGCAGUGCUCAAUUUCAAACAAAUAGGUACUUCUUAUGUUGACUGGAAAGAUUGCUGUCAAUCGUUCCACAAAUUCUGCACUAAACACAAAAUACACUAGAUUUUGUAAUGUUAAAUUGAUCGCCCACUAAGCAAAGGCAUUCAGGGUUCCCAAGUAUCCAUAUUAUAAUCAAUACUUGCUUCUGUAAGUCAAUGGUAGGUCUUCCCCCAUUCCUUAGUCCAUGAGGUAGACCUGGGCAAGUAGCUAACAGGUAUUCUAAACAGCUGACUGUAGUUCUUGAAAUGUAAAAAUGACUUCAAAAAUCUGAAACACUGUAGAGUGGUUUAAUACGUUCAAAAUAAUUCUCAAUGCAGACAUGGCUCUGCUGCUCCCUUAUCAAAAGAAACAAUGGAAAUUCUUCAUCUUCACAACUUAUCGCUUCUUUUAGUAUUGAAUCAUUGGAAAGUUCCUUUACUAACAAAACAACAGCUGCUCUAUGCGCGAUGGCCAUCUUUUUUUCAUUUUUAAAUUUAGCAUGUGAUUCUGCGGACACACUCUACAAUUUUGCACCUACUGUCAUGGUAACUGAUCCAAUGAACUAAAUCUCCAUUUCUUUGAUGCACCGUGAUCUGUGUGAUCUUGGAUCACAAAUCCUAAUCCAGAUCCUCCCAAAGGAAGGCACCCUGAGACAAGCCCGUUACUCUCUAUAGAAACUGAGCACAUCAAAACCAUAUUAACCCUUUACACCCUAACAUCAGAAUGCAUAUUCUCCAUACUGUUCUCCAUACAGUUCUCCAUACAUUACCUAGGUUCUAACAGGGAGAAUUUGUAAAGCCAUCAAGAGCUUCGUUAGUUCUUGAUCAUUUCCUUUAUUUUUAUGACUUAAAUGUUUGAUUCAAGGGUGAUAUAAAUUAGAACCUUGUCACACUUAGAGAUUAAGGGUUAAGAUACAUGUACAACAUGAAGAAGCAAAAUUUUUGCAGAAACAUACCACUAUACUUAAGUUUUAAUGCGGUGCCUGUAUUAACAAUUGGACCCCAAAGAGUGAUUAAUAUCCUGUUUCUCCUCACAAUAUCACCCCUGAAUCAUACAUUGAGGUUAUGAGAAUAAAGGAAUGAUCACCAACUAAAGAACCUCUUGAUUAACAAACAAAUUAUCCGCGUUGGCACCUUAGGAAAUUUGUAGAUAACAGUAUGGAAAAUAUGCAUGCCAAUGAUGAAGUAUGAAGGGUUAAAUGGAAGUGUUUAUAUAUACAUGAUUGAAAGUACAGCAGAGUUGAUGUGGUGGUGAUAGAACUUAAAAUAUUGUUAAAAUGUUAUAAAGAUUCUCUGGAUGCUAACCUUGGUGAUUGUGUUGCGCACUCUACAAACAUUGUAGACUUUUUAGUCUGUUUGCACACGACUUUAAAUAGCAAACCAAACCUUUGGUCAGUGUCUAGAUCUAUAAUGUUAUGAACUGUUCCAAUAAACAUUUCUUUCAGGGCAAGAUUGUGGAGUGUGUUAUAUGUGGAUGUCGUGGUUGUUCUGGUUGAUGCCAUGAGAGCAAGGCAGCAAUUUGGAUAUGUACAUUAUGAGAAGAUUUUGCAUGGAAGCUAUCAAAACUAUCAACACUUUCCUUUGGUUUAUUCCUGGAUCCCUGAACUGUAUAGAAUUACCUUCCGGAAGAUUUUUUAAUCUGUGCAUGGGAGGUUAAGAAACCAACGGAAAUGAAUGAAAUCAUGGGCCCAGCUGGUUUAUUUGUUUAUUUUAUUGCUUAUUAAUUUUGUGCUCAGCUGAUGCCAUAAUUCGGUUUCCUUUGGUUGAAAAAAAAUCUCAACUAGCAUACAAAGGAUAUUGGUGUACAUAAACAAAUCCUGUGCCAAUCCCCUAUAAAGGUUAGAUUUGUUUGAGCAAAAGGGUCAGAUUUUCUUGUCUGUAUUCGUAAUAAAAGUUUUACAAGCUGGUUAUGAUUAAAAAAUGGCAUUUGUGUGAUAAACAUUCCGACUUCAUAGCAAUUGUAUCCUGUCACUGGUCACUUGAGAUUAUACAUAGAGUAGCCACUGUUUUGGUUCGGCUACGGUGAGUCAAUUUAUUUUAUACUGGGCUCUAUUAGCUGGCACGAUUAGACAGAUCCUGUCCUCUGAUUGGUUACUAAGAAGGAUAUUUGGGCCUAUCUUGAUCCUAGAUAGUAUCCGGCAGUCAACAACAUUGUUAUGCACCCGUUAUGUCUUUUGUUUAAACAGUACUCUCACUGUACAUCCAGUGGUUUUGCCUGGGUCUGUUUCCCCCUAAUACUAGUUACCCUCUUCCAUAAAUUAUUUUGCUCUAACAAUACCAAUCUCCGUAUUGUCUGCUAUCUUCUCUUUCGCUCAGAAAAUCAGAUUUAAUUCAUCUUUUCGCUGUCGUCUCGGAGAACAAACUUCCGUUGGUCUUACCAUCUAUAAAUAACCUCGGUGGAAUUGUCCCAACGAAAGCCUAGACCAGAAUCGUUCCUCUUUCUUUUCCUCAUUUUCUCCUGUUGAAACCUGAUAAAACUGGACAGCGGAAGCUACCUGAACUAAAUAGCUCCCUGGUGGCAAUCAGAAAUUACAGGUCACUGCACCAUGAGUGCCAUUUGUGUGCAUUUCGAUUGAGUGUGGUGAAAGCGAUACCAAUGAUGUCUUUUCCUGUCCUGUCUUGAGCAAGGGAAAAAGGAAAAAUUGUAAGUUUCCAUGGGGAAUCGAACCUCAAACAUUUAAAUUCCACGCUCCGAUGCUCUACCACUGAGCCACACAGACUCUACGCCGGCGCGGAACGCCAUCAUUAAAUCAAAUGUGACAUGUAUCCCGCGUGCAGCUAGGAUUGGCAAUGUCGAAAGCCUCGUGUG